AUGUCCACUAAUGAUGCGAAAAGUUUGAGUAUCUCGUACAAGAGAAAGGGUUAUUUUGAUGAGAAAAGAAGUGCAAUACUUGAGCACUUCAAAACAACAGAAGCACACGAUGAACUAUUGGCCACCAUCAAGGCUAUUGUGGACCGUAUAGUGCGCAAGAAUCCUGAACUACUAUUAAAGAACAAAGGUCAACUUGCUGCUCUUAUUGAAGGUACUAUUAGUCGCCAAGUUCAAAACGGUAGUAUCUCUAAUAAUGCUGGUGUUAUACCGAGUGCUAAUGACAAGGAUUUGGAUCUUGGUGAUGUUAAGAACGUCUAUGAUAUAUUCGAUGAAGAAGUCAAACAAAGCACUAUAGGUUCAGAUGAAUUAAAGGAAGAAAUUAGAAACGUGCUGAAAGAGUUGAAAGAAGCAUAA